AUGCCAUUUAUCGGACGAGAUUGGCGUGCGGAUGGCGAACAAUGGACAAAAAGCGAAAUCGGUUCUUGGGAACGAUCGCGACGAAUCUCAUUUUCUAAUCUGUCGUCAAACUAUAACUGCAGUCUGUCGGAUAUAUUCAAUGCACUCGAUAUCGUGAAUUCAGUUACUAAUCAACGAAGAUUCAAUUAUAUUGCAAAAGUUGUACAAAUUCUAUUCGCAGAAAAACUCGGAGAGCUCAGCGGAACAGCCCAACGUUGUUUAUUUCAAAUUCUUGAUCGAAUGAUUCAGAUGGUUCUUACAACUGGAGAUAAUAUCCUAUUAAUGCAACGAUUAGUAACACAAUUUCACGAUUGCAUUCACCGCGCUUAUCCGUUCUAUUAUUAUAUCGGUUCGGCGGCCUUAUGGCGUCAGAAUACGGAGAUAUUAACACGAAUGAAAGAAAAAGUUAAACAUAUUCACAUCCAAACAGUUGAUCAGAACAAGGCAACGUUCAAUUGCCUUCCGACGGAGAUCCAACGGGAGAUCGUCCGAAAACUGGACAAUGGAAUAGAUCUGAUCAAUUUUGGAAUGAUAAAUUCAAGUUUACAUCGAUUAACGCAAGAACUUUUACUAUGGAAACAAUUAUGUUUGUAUCAUUUUGGUGAUGAAACACAAAGCGAUGAUAAAAUGGGCGACAAAAUUCUUGGGCUACUAAGACGACAAUCGAAAGAUUUCGACAAAGAAAAUAUCGAUUGGAAAAAAGUUUAUUUCAAAUUAAAAAGACAACAUGGCCUUCGAGAAGUUUAUGCCGAUAUGAUUCAUCAAUGUCAACUAUGUAAAAAUCUUUUUUGGCAGGAUUGUGAUCAUUCAUGUUUAUAUGAAACGCGUACACCAUCAUCCAAGUCUAUUACGCCACGCAAACUUGUAAAUAUGCUAAUCUAA